CGUGUGUGUGUGUAUUUUAGCGCCAGCCAACCAGGGGUGUUUAAAACUGCACCCAGGUGUUUAAAGAGAGCGGGACCAGGGCUGAGGUGAAUCGCUCAUAAAUCCAUAGAGUCAUCCUGGGUUACACCUAUAUGAGAGAGACAGAGAGAGAGUGAGGGGGACGGGGAGAGAGAGAGGAGAAAGAGAGCAGGAGAGAGGUAAAGGGGACAAAGAGAAAGAAGGAACGGGGUCAGAGGACAGAGAGAGGGAAAGAGAGUAGAGGAGUGCAGUUGAAGGACAUCAAAGAAGACGGACACAACGAAACGCUUAUGAAGAGCUCUGGAAUUAAACACUAGAAGGGGCCCCAGUUACUCUAUUGGAACACCCCGACAUUGACCUAUUGAGAGGUACCAUAAAUGACCGUCCACCAUGCCAGCUGAGAACACAAGACAAACUAACCUCUGGAUACAGUCUGAGAGCUUCUGAAUCACCACAAACCAACCAACGACAACACACUGUCAACUCAGGACAUCAAGCUUCUUCCACUCCCAAGUCACCGGUGAGGUUCAAGUCCACUAGAAACUGAAGCGUCUGUCUGUUCUACAGUAUCGCCGGGGCUCCGUCCGGUACCCGCGGGAAGGAAAGGAUCAUGGGAGCUCGGAGGAGCUGGAGCGGGGACGUGAAAACAUCAGGAGAUAAGAGACACUCGAUGAGGUGGACUUGUCAGCCAUGUCCUGGUUCACCUUAAGACUGCAGGUUAACAGUAGUAGUGGAACUGAAGCCACUGUUGAAGCAUCACUACACAGGGCCUGUUUUCCUAUUGGAUUUAGAUUCAAUUUAGAUAAAGAGUCAGAAGGCCAAAGACGAUUUAUGUGUUUUCAAGUCACAUUUUAUUUGUCACAUUCACAGUUUCCAGCAGGUUUAAAAGGUGCAGUGAAAUGCUUACAUGCUAGCUCCCUCAACAAUGCUGUACAGUUUUCUGUUUUUCACUGGCUCUUAUGCAGUGCUGAAAGUCGCUUUACAUUCUUAAUAAUUCUCUAUUCACUCCAACGUUAAAAUCCGUUUGGAGUCCAUAAGCAACUCUUUAAAAUCUUUCUGAAUACUAAUAGUAAUAACAGUUUAUCCCAGUAAAGCUAUCACUUCAUUGUAGGGACGUACUGGCCUUAUUUAGGAACUCAAACCUAUCCCCAACGAUGAACCAGAGCCAGACGCCCAUCGUGACCUCCAUCUCCCCCCCAGUCAGGGCAUGGUUCUGGGGGCUCAGGCGGUGUCUCUGGGGGGGGUAGCUCCGGGGGGUGGGGGUUUGUGGGUGACCUCUCUCCUCGGCGCUACCCUCCUAAUCAUGCUCGCCAUGGGGGUGGCGGGUAACAUCUACACCCUCUUCAUCAUGCGUUCCGCGGCUCUCCGCCGAUCUGGCUCUCUGUACGUCUAUAUACUCAACCUUGCCCUCGCCGACCUCCUCUACCUCUCUACGAUCCCAUUCGUCAUCUGCACCUACUUUGCUCACGACUGGUUGUUCGGCGAGGCCGGUUGCCGGGUCCUCCUGAGUCUCGAUCUCCUCACCAUGCACGCCAGCGUCUUCGUCCUGGUCGCCAUGUCGUUGGAGCGCUACCGGGCCGUGGCGAAGCCGUUUGACGCCCGACGAUCCAGCACGCGGGGACGGAAGGUAGUGGCGGCCGUCAUCUGGUUCGCGGCGUUUGUCCUGACACUACCCAUGAUGAUUAUGAUACGGCUGAGGGAAGGGAAGUCGAACGCGGCCGGGAACGUCAAACGGAUGUGUUACCCGACGUGGACCCAGGAGGCCUUCAAGGCCUACCUCACCGUCCUGUUCCUGACCAGCGUCCUCCUACCCGGCUUAGUCAUUGUUGGUCUCUACGCUGGCCUAGCACGUCGCUAUUGGACUGUUCAGGCUAGCUUGGGAGGAAGCAGCCGUUCAGCGAGAAGACGAGGCUUAAAACAAAAGGUAGUAACAAUGAUUUUUUGUAUCGUUGUGGCGUACUGGGUGUGUUUCCUGCCUUUCUGGGGGUGGCAGUUGGCACAGUUAUUUUCCCCACAGUCCCUCAGGGCUCUGUCUCCUGCCACUCAUAGUUACAUGAAUUUCUUUGUAACGUGUCUGACAUAUGGGAAUAGCUGUAUUAACCCUUUGUUGUACACCCUCCUGACCCGAAACUAUAAGGACUAUCUGGCUCAGAAGGGUCAGAGCACAGGGUCAAGUAGGUUAGACCUGGGGUCGGCAGCCGGAGCACCUCUACAGGAUCUAUAAUCAGAGUAGAGGCGACCUGGGGUCAGCUGCCGAAGAGCCCCAACAGGAAAUAUAGGAGAAGUGGGGGAAGUAUUUUGACGUGACACAAGUAGGAACUAUUAUACUUGACUUAAAUCCUUUUUAUCCUGGGGAGGAGAGGUCAUCCAUGCAGGAACUAUAAAAGAGGGGGAGUUAUUCUGACGUGACACCAAGAGCACUAUUGCUAAAGCAUUUCUGAUACAGCAUUUUUAUCUUUUCACUCUGAGGAGUACCUUGGAUUUGGUGAAAACAUGAGGACAUUUCUUUAUAGCUAUUGGGGCAAGAGCAGCCUCCAAAACAAACAAAUUGUUUUUUGAGUAAUCAGUGCGGCAUAAACUUGACCUAACAACAUGGCUUACUCUAAACUCAGUAGUUUUUGUAUUUUUACAUAAUCUGAAUAUUAUUGGUAUAUAGUUAUACAGAUGUUGGAUCUUAAUUUGUGCCAGUUUGCUACAGCAGGAAAAUAAUCCAGCAGCAACAGGAAAUGUGAAUUAUUAUGUGGAUUAUAAUUAAUGGAUGUUUUUUGUAGGGAUUGAUAGAUUUUUCGUAGGGAAAAUCAAGUCUGAAAUGUCAAAGUGGAAAUAAAAAAUGUAAGAAACCUUUUUAUACCACAAAGCCUUGUUAAACCUCAAUCCUCUAAUUGUUUAAUUUCACACAUUACAGGAAAGUUGUUCUGCAACAGAGUGAUCAGAUUAAGAUCCUACAUCUGCAGCAAUAGCUGUUUGACAUAUAUUCGGCCAGGGGAUUCUAAUUUGCAUUCAUCAUGUAGCCUGCUGUAUUUCUUGUCACAUAUGAAUGUCAUUUAACCAGACACUAUGUAUUUUCUUUUCUUACUUCGACUUUAAUGCCAAAAAUGUGUCAAGCUAAUGUUCUUGGUUGGUUUUCUCAUCUUGUAUUGUUUUAUUACAUGAUUGUUCUAAUAAAGUUUUGACAGAUUGA